GACAUGACGGCGGUGGGAGAACUGGUGCUGGUGCUGGGAUUACUGGUGAGCGCUCACUGCGAAGUGAGAGCGCGAGACCCCGAGGUGGAGGAGGAGGAAGGGGAGCUGGGAGGAAGAGGAGGAGGAGUGUUCCCCCCUCACCCCAGGACGAGUGAGACCACCCCACUGGGAGAGACGGGGAACAAUCCGGCCCGAUACGGGAACUGGUGUCCGUUCGUGCAUAACCAUGUGCAAACGAUGGCAGUUAAGUGUGGAACAGAGAAGUACACCAUCAAGUCUCAGAGUCCAUGUCCGAGCGGGACGCCCGACUGUCACCUGACCAUGUACAAGCUGUCCACACGGCCGAUUUACAGGCAGCAGCAGAAGAUCGUAACCUCUCUGCUGUGGCGCUGCUGUCCGGGACACGGAGGACACAACUGCGAGGACACAGUCUCAGGUCCUCGGCAGGAUUCUGAAAGCUCGACUCUGAUUGGACGAUCUGGAGCAGGCACAGCAGAGGUCAAGGCUCCAGUUGUUCAUACUCGGCCCCAGCAGCGGGGCGGAGACCUGAACCACGAACAGAACGACCACCAAGUGCCCGACAGCACACUGUAUGAUGCCAGCUACCCAAGCAACCAGGACAACGACACACAGCCCACCACGGGGCCAGGACACGCCCACAACCGCCAUCAUACAUCAUACCAGGCGACGAACACUCACAACCACGACCGACACCCCCACCACCUCGAUCGUGAUCACCCACAGCAGGAACACCGAACGCACGGUCACCAAAUGCCAGAUGACCUCAGUGCCGCCCCUCUCCCAUAUCCCAGUGCCCUUAUUCCCCUCAUUGUCCCCUACAUGAUGGACCAGGUGUGGUCCCAGCUGCAGCCGGUCAUGGAGCGCUUUAACCACUCACUGGAACACCUGAGCCAGAGGGUAGGUGACCUGGCCCAUGAUGUGGCCCAGCUGAAGAGCAGCCAGCUGGGGGCGGGGCAUCAGAUGACUCUUCAGGAGGAGCGUGGCGAUGGAGUGGAGGAGCGGUUGGACGCCAGAUUAGAUGAAAUGAUUCAGAACAUCGGGGAGGUCAAGAGGCAGGUGGAGGCGCAGCAGACUGAGCUGGAGAAGAGGCUGCACUCGCAGCAUGUAAUGCUGCACUACAACCUCACCAGCUUCAAGGCCGACAUCGACGUGAAGCUGAAACGCCAGCAGAAGAUGCUGCAGGUCAGCCUGCAGGCCAUGAACGCCACGCUGACAGAGCUGAAGUUGGAGCAGUGGCAAACGGCUGAGGAUGAGCGGGAGCAGGAUGACCUCCAUCUGCCCACCAACCCUCCACACCAGCUGCUGCCUCCCACGGACGCCUCAGAGCUGUGGGAGGCCAUCAACGAGCUGGAAAACACGGUGGUCAACAACACGGUGAAGGUGACCGUGCUGAUGGAGGAUGCGGCGGUGACAUCGUACACCGUCCAGCAGCUGAGUUGGCACAUAAAGGAGCUGGAAAAGCAGAUAAACGACACGGCGCGGCGCAGCCAGGUGCUGUUCAUGGAGACGGGGCUGGAGGUGGAGGACGCCAAGGUGAAAGUGCUGAAUCAUGUAAACGAGCUGGCGGGGAACCUGAGCCAGCAGGUUAAACGACUGGACGAUGUGGAGGAGGACAUGGACUGCCUGUGGACGAUCCCGAACGCCUGCAAGAACAACUCGCGCAUUGAAUGCAACUGCGAGAGCCUGCAGGCGGCCGUGGCUAGCUUGCAGAGGGACGUGGCCAACGUGACCGAGCUGGCCAAUGAGAACAGAUUAGCUCUGGACGAGAACAGCAGGGGAGGGCAUUGGGGUGCGAGCAGCGACUGGGAGCCAGCGGUGAAGGCGCUCCAACUUGGCCUCCACAGGGAGCAGACCAGGAUCAGGACUCUGGACCUCGGCCUGACCCACCUGAACGCCUCCGUCUCCGGCCUGAAGCAUGCAGAAAGACAGCAGGACGCCAAGAUAAAGAUGCUGGACACCACCUUCAAUAUCCUCCUCCAAGACGCCAGCCGACACAGCAGGGUGCUGAAGAUGUUGCUGGGAGACGAGGUGAUCGACUUCUUGAAGAUGAUCAGCCUGAGGCAGAAGGAGAGGGAGGACGAGGAGGAUGAGGAGGAAGAGGCUGACUUCAUUUCCGUCCAGGCUCUGAAGGAGGAGCUGAGGAACCUGCAGGAGCAGCUGAGAGGACACGAGCAUAGCAUCAUCAUGCUGAAGCAGGGCCAGACGGGAGGCAGAGAGGAGGUGCCGUCUGCAGACCAGCCCCCCUCCUGGUUGCCCGGUGACCCCAGGAGGGGCGGCAACAACGGACUUCCUGCCAGGGAGCGGCAGAUGCUCUUCCACCCUGGAGAUGGCGGUGACCUGUGGAACCUGGAGAGGAAGGUGGAGGAGGUGGAGCGCAGGCUGGCCCAGCUGGAGGAGAAACCGUGCUCCUGCCCCAAUGUCUCACAUGUGGAUGCCACGGUGCUGAAUGAGCUGAUUUGGCUGAAAAAGGGGCUGGAGCAACACCUGGGGGUGUUCAAGAACGUCUUCAGCAACGCCGACGUGCUGGUGAGAUCCAACGCCACACUGGAGCUGGAUAAGCUGUGGCAGCUUCUGAAGAAGAAAGAGAAAAAGAAUCAAGGAGGACGGAGGGAGGUGUCAGAGAGGGGAGGAAAGCGCCGCAGCAGGAGGGAGUCACCAGGUGAGCCCGUCCCCGAUGGCCUAUCAGAACGCGCCCUGCUGUUCGUUGCUCAGCCUCUUCGGAGCGUCUCUGGCGCUGUUGUUUUUGAGCCGGCUUUGACUCAGGGUCAGUUUUACUCUGGCAGUACCUUCACGGUUCCAGUGGAUGGGAUCUACCUGUUUGUCCUCACCUUGCACCUGAGACCAGGCCCCGCCCAUGUGGUCCUAAGGAGCACAGGGGAGGAGGAGGAGAGGGGCGGAGCGUGGGUGCCUCUGCAGAGGCAGGAAGGAAGUGAGGAGGGGCUGGCUUCCGGGGUCAGCCUCCUGCUGCUGAGAGAGGGGCAGCAGCUGAGGCUGGAACUGAGGGGAGGAGAGUGGGCGGAGUCAGAGGAUGACCUGUUCGCGUGUCUGCUGCUCUACCCGACCACCUGAGGGCGCUGAGGACCAAUC